AGCCAGUCAGUCAGUCAGUCAGUCAGUCACAAACAAACGCUCGUAAACACGGAUUAUCUGAAAUAAGAUUAAAACGCUGCCGUCAUAAACAUUACACAAACGCUGACUUUACAGCACAGUAUGGGGUUUUGUUAGUAUCACUGGAGGUUGUGAGGCUCAAAUCUCAGCGUGUCGAUAGUUUGAGGCGGUCGGCAAGAGGAAAUCCACUAUCUGUGUGUCAAAACACACUUUAAUCUUGCUGGGGCCACAAGCAAGGGAAUUCAUCGUGUUUGGGGCUCUUAUUCAGCAUGGCUAAGCUUCAGUCGGGUAACGGAGUGCAGUGGAAGGACCGCAGGAGUCAGCGGGGCGCGGUGGAGAGUCUGGCCGGGCACGAGAGCUCUUCUCUGGGCUCGGACUCUGAGCUCAACGGCUUCGCCAACACGGAGACCCAGACAGACAAGUACGGAUUCAUAGGAGGAGCUCAACAAAGCACAGGAGAAAAUGAUAAUAUUCCUCCAGACGUGCUCCGGCAGAGAGAAGCCAAAUGGCUGGAUAUGCUCAACAGCUGGGACAAGUGGAUGGCCAAAAAACACAAGAAGGUAAAGUUGCGCUGUCAGAAGGGCAUCCCUCCAUCACUCAGAGGUCGUGCGUGGCUUUAUCUCUCUGGUGGGAAAGUGAAGAAAGAACAGAAUCAGGGCAAAUUUCAGGAGUUGGACAGUCAGCCUGGAGAUCCUAAAUGGCUGGAUGUGAUCGAGAAAGACCUCCACAGACAGUUUCCAUUCCACGAGAUGUUCGUAGCUCGAGGAGGCCACGGGCAGCAGGAUCUGUUCCGGGUGCUGAAGGCGUACACACUGCACAGACCAGAGGAGGGUUACUGUCAGGCUCAAGCUCCUAUAGCUGCAGUGCUGCUCAUGCACAUGCCUGCUGAGGAUGCAUUCUGGGGUCUGGUCCAGAUCUGUGAGAAGUAUCUGCCCGGAUACUACAGCGCAGGCCUGGAGGCUAUCCAGUUAGACGGCGAGAUCUUGUUUGCUCUGCUCAAGCGCGUGUCCCCGGUGGCCCACCGGCAUCUGAAGAAAUACAAGAUUGACCCUAUCCUCUACAUGACUGAGUGGUUCAUGUGUGCCUUCUCCAGGACGCUGCCCUGGGUGUCUGUCCUGCGCAUGUGGGACAUGUUCUUCUGUGAGGGAGUGAAGAUCAUCUUCCGUGUGGGUCUGGUGCUGCUGAAGUGCAUGCUGGGAUCUCAGGAGAAACUGAAAGCGUGUCAGGGCCAGUAUGAGACCAUGGAGCUGCUCAGAUCUAUUGAGCCACGAUACAUGCAGGAGGCUUUCCUAGUGCAAGAGGUCAGUGAGUUGGCGGUGUCUGAGCGAGACAUAGAGAAGGAACAUCUCUCUCAGCUCCGGCGCUGGAAGGAGACCCACGGAGAGCUACACUGUAAAUCCCCUCCCAGAAUGCACGGCGCCAAAGCCAUCAUGGCCGCUGAGCCGCCCAGUCGCCAGGACCUCAAACAAAACCCCACGAUCGUCGUCGAAGUACCGCAGACCACCGAGAGCAAGAUAGAGAAAGGGAAAAAAGCAAAGAGCAAAUUGGAGAAGAAAACGGACACGAAAAACACCUCGCCACCUCUUAAUCCGUAUCUGUUACCCAGCGACCCAGCAUUACAGAGCGACAACCUCGCGCCCAGCGAAUCGCAGCACCUGCAGGAAGACACGCCCCCGCAGGGCUCCAAUCAGAGUCUCAGUAGCUCCGAACACGACACCUACCUGUAAAGCACUGGAAGAGGGAUGCCAGUGCUGAUCGCUGAAUGUUUACUGUGCAGAAACAUCUGCCUCCCCACUCUCAGGAUUUGGCAUCGAAGGAGAGAUCACAUGGCACAAAACUGGGAGUCACAAUCACAUAGGAGAACAUGGAUAAAACCGUACAUCAUGAGGUUUUCAACUGUGUUUACAUGAUUAUAUGUGUGUGUGCGCAUGUUUGGAAAUGAAAUGAGAUCUCUCAGAUCUCCAAAUGAAGCGUUAAUGAGCUGCGCUGGAUGCAGAUGUUCUUAUGCCGUUUAAACUAGUUAGCGAGUGCAGAGGACAUACUGUAGUGGGAUGCAGGUACAUUUCCAUUAUCUGCCUCAGGAGACUGAAUUUGUCUGUUUUUGUAUUUUUAAAAGAAAAAAACUAAAAAAUAUUUAAGCAUAAGUUUAAGAUUUAUGCUUUUGAACUGCAUAUACAAUUUCCAUCCAUUAGGUUUACACAGUUUUAACAGGAGCAAACUAAUGCACCUAAUGUGAUGCAUUUUUGUCAGACAUGCAUAAAUGAAACGGGUUAGAUUUCUGUAGUUGUACUGAACUGAAUGUGUUUAAGUGCACAGUUUAUAUAUUUAUUAUCAUCCCAUACUAAUAUUCAACUAAUUUUGUUUGUUUCACAGCUAGCCAAGUUUUAACCAUGUUCAUUCAACUGAAUGACCAGAUUUAUGCUGAUUGAUUGAUUGUUAGUUUAUGAUAAAACCAUGUAAUCCAAAUGGAUGGAAA